ACACCAGUGCACAUACCAUCCGGUGAAAAAAAACAUUACAACCAUUAACCCAGGAGCUUUACUAAGUCUCUUUGAUUAGACUGGGUUAAACGAAGUAUUGUAAAAACGGAAGAGGGUACAUUAGACCACAGGUCGCAGAGCAUUCCUUCAUUUCAUUAUAUCUAUCUAAAAAAGCGUUAAGUUAUCGACUUAGAAAUAAGUUAGGUGUACAUCCAUUAAAUUGCAAUUUCAUCUGAGUGAUCGAACGCAAAGUAGAAUUUUAAGGCUGACGGGUUAUCGAGAAAACCUAUACAGAAUAAUUAAAACAUCCCAGAGUUAAACCAACGUGAAAUGUGAUUAUGGAAAUCAUUUUUAUGUCGAUCGAUUCGGGUAUGACAAUCAAGAAACAAUCGCAACAUAUAUUCGGAAAAAGGAUAACAAUAACGAUAUAAUAUUGAAGAACAACACAUGGACUAUUUUAUUUACGAUCCGAAAACGGACGAUUUUACCAACAAGUCGGUUAUAAUGACACGCAGCACUAAUAGCAAAGCAUUAUUAACACAGAAUUCAAAGCAACGAAUUCCGGUGAAGAAAAUUCGAUAUUUAUUGUGGCCUUUUGUCUUGGGAGUAAAUCUGUACGACUUUCUGGCUCUAUGUCAUCUUGUUCCAACACAUAGUCUUCAUCUAUCACGUCCGUUUUUGAUGAGCACCUCAUCUUUUCAGGUUUUUCAUAAAAAGCAAACACAGGAAUAUGACUUACCAAUGAUUUCGAACUGAUACAGAGUACAAUUUUACUUGAAAACUAAUUUUUCAGAUAAUUUAUGUUUGUGGCGCUUUGAGUUAAUUGUAACUAACAAUUUUGAAUUGAAAUAGAUUAAACAGCUAUGGUCACUUUUU